AUGGCUCGUUAUAGCCUCGAGGAGUUACUGCGUGCCACUGAUCUGUCUGAUGAUAGCGAUGUUGAUCGGUCGGACGGCAGUGCCUCCACUCUGCCGCAGGGCGGCAGAGUUGCGGUGAAUUACAAUGAAGUCCUGCGAUCGUAUCUUCAAGACAGAGACAGCGACUGUCUGUCUGUAUCUCCGGGUGACAGGAGUCCGCAGACGCCUUUUGGAGGUGUGAAGAGUACAGACACGGAUGCUUGGAACACACCAAAGGGAUGCAGUGCAUCUGCAGAGCUCAGCUCGACAUGCGUAGACAGCAUAUCCAGAGCGAACUCUCUGACUGCAAUUAGAGAACCUGGCUAUUUGAGUCCUCCUAGGAGGUCAAGCACGUCGCGUUUAACCGAUGGUGAGGAAACGCAGACAGGCUCCAACGACGCGGAGCAGCCUAGCAAACCUGAGGACGAGGGAGGCGCCGAACGCGGCAUGCCAGCAGUCACUUCCGAAUGCAACUGCACUGCCAAAUACGGUCCCGCAAUAAGGAAGUUAACGAAGUCAUCGUGCCCCUAUUUUUCGGCGAUUCGUAGCAUGAUCAUUCAGCAGCUCCAAACGUCAUCCAUCAUACACCGAAUCGCUUAUAUUAACAACGUGAAAAGCGACCAUUUGGGGGGCAUUUUGGCCCCGUUAGAUGAUGAGGAUGAGGCUGACUCCGAUUUUCCGGAAGAACCUUCGCCCACCUUGUAUCCGGCAAAGACAUGUUUGGAUUCUCUGGGCAUAUCAUUGAAGCGUCUAAAGCCCCCCGAAAAACCUGACCUGCUGAUUCGCCUUAGGCACAACGUAUCAAUCGCAUUAGAGAAGUUGCGGCUGUUCAACGAUGGCUUCAUCAACAUCGACGCAACGAAGGUGAACACAACCGCCGCGUCGCCGCACAAGCCAUAUUCGCCCUCGUGCAUUGCCGUCAACAACCGCCUGCUAGUUGUAGGCACAUCAGGAGGUUCAUUGUUGGUCUGUGACAUUACCAAUCACAGGAGUAAGAGGCAGUUCAGUCCUCACAACGUCGAUGUGGGAGAAGAUGAGACGGGCUAUGCAGAGGACCUCGUCUGGCGGGAGGUCGACUGCCAGAAUGACGCCAGCGUUACGUGCCUCGAUGUAUUACCGGAGUCUAAUUGGAUAUGUGCGGGGUAUAGUAACGCCAUGGUAAAAUUGGUACAGCUGAACAAGGAUGCAGUGAAAGCAAAAUCGAGCGAUGCACCUAAGUCAGACGCCGCUGAUGGCUCCGUUGCUUCAGAAUCAGGCCCUUCAAGCCGCGGCUUUGGGCUGAUGGCUGGAGCUGUAUCCGCUCUCGGGGGGUUCAAGAAAUCUGGAGCUCACGUAAUUUGCUCCGCCAAGCCGUUCAACGACGCCGUGACUUUCUGCAAGUUCACCUUAGGCGAGUCGCACGACGAGAUCUUUUGCGCUAAUCGGAACUCAAUAGCCCUUUUGACUUAUAGUAAAACAGUGCUCUCUCAUAACCUGAAUGUCAAGACAUUGGAUGCAUUCUCCGAGCGGCUGUUGGAACAUGAGGAGAUCGUCGACGUGGCAUGUCUGUCCUCUAAUCCGCAGUCCAAGUUCAUCACAGGCGUUCCUGUAAGCGGUUUAGUCGCGCUAGCAACUAUUAAGCGCUGCAUAGUGAUAGCCACGCGCCCCGAGCUUUCGAUACUGUUUCGCGUCCCGUUCACCGACCGUCCCAAGGCAGUGCAGGGUUCGGAUUGCACCAUACCCAGCAUCACAUGGAUGAUUUUGAACAACAGCGGGGAUAUAAAGCCGGUGCUUCUUAUAGUGCUCAGCUCGCGCAUAAGCUUCACGCUGUGCAACCUGUCUGCGGGCAAGCGUGGGAGCCCUCCUGUAUCGUGCAGCCACAUUGGAUACAUCCGAUUCGACAGUGCAAUCCGCCACGUUUAUACAGUGAGCCGAGAUAUGUUUGCGGUGGUGGAUUAUAAUAACGUCAUGCACAUAUUGCAAGUGAACGUCUUCGACAACGUUAUGCACUAUGACGUGGUGCGCUCUUUCGACUUCAAGGAGGCCGGCCUUGCUGACCUGUGGAUGGACAGGGUGAACAUCUCUCCCACGAUAGCAGUGCACGUGAGGACCAUAAAGAUGGCGGCAAAUAGCUACAAGAAGUUCUCCGCGUUGGUGUCUGAGAUGUUCCAGGGGAAGCGUAACGAGCAGCAAUUCGACCUUCGUGUUUUGUCGUUCUACAUUUCGACUAGCAAGGGAAUCUGGUCCUCCGAGAUCCACUCUUGGAUCAAGAGCAUCGGCGACCUCACUGCAACAAAGCACUUCGCGAACGCUUUCGCGAUAUCCCUUGGCCUUUGCAUAGGCAUGUUGCCGGGGCUGCUGGACUACAAGGCCUACGUCGACAACAUCCAAAAAUUGAUUUUGUAUGUGCUGCAUCAGUCGUCGGCGCAAAUUAUUCGUCUGUCUAAGUUGAUGGACACGGCCCAAAUGGCCUCCAUUGACGACGAGGACAACGACAGUUGGACCGAUCAGGUGAAGGAUGACAUCAACACCCAGAUCGACACGCUCUGCUGCUGCAUGCUCGACAUUUGCCUAUGUCUUGGAUUGUACGACUCACUAAACGACCUCAUAUACCGUUGCUUCGCGACCGUCGGAAUGCAGCGCGUUUUCGUGAAGUACGUCUUGCUGAAUUUGCACGUGGGACGGAUAGACCUGGCGCGCCUCAAACCUGCCAUAUUCGACUCCAUAUUCGAGUUUUACGAGAAAAUGCUGGAUAAUGUGCUGUCACUUGAUGGCAGCCACUCUGGGCAUGUCGAAGACUGGUUGGCGUUGCUGUGUGACGAGGUCGACAAUCGGCAGAGAGGCCAGUGUCCUAUACAGCGCCCAGGUCAAAUCUCUGCGCCUGAUGCUCGUGUUAUACUUUACGGCGUGCUCUGCAACCAGAUGUCCAGGUUCUACAUCUUCUGUUCGCGCAACGAAAUUCCUUUUGCGAAGGAGAAGGCCAUCUGCACCCUGUCCAAGCACUGCCAGUGGCACGCGGUGGUGCACUGUCCUGAACUCAUUGGGGACGACAUUUCAGUCGCGCUUGAGAUUCUUUAUUCCGAGCUGUCCAAUAAGUUGGACAAGUUGAGAAACGAUGAAGGCACUUCGUCUGCUGACUGUGUCUCUUUGCCGUGGUCCCAGAGCGAGGGGCUGUUUGUGACACGCGUGUUCUUCUCGUUCGUGAAUUCGUUCUUGACCUUCGCCAACUGCGGUUUGCCACAAGAGAAUGCUGCGACAAACUUCUGCAAAGUUCUUGGCUAUCUCACGUCUUCCACGUCAUUCAAGCCCUCAUUCCCCAUCACAUCGGAUGUUAAACAUGCGCGCCCUGAGCUCUCAUUUGAAGAUGAGGCAGUGGAUUUCGAUAAUAUGGAUCUUUUGACUUUUAAGGCCGCUAGUGGAGACGCAUUGAGUUCCCCUGCCCUUCAGCUGUUGAUUUCAACUUCCCCCAGGCUGUUGUUUGCGUGCCUCAUGAAUCUGCUGAUGACGCCCGAUUCCAUUUUUGAGGCGAAUGCUGAACUGCUGGGGACUAAGAUCGACAUAUUCAAUUUCGUCCUGGAAUCGCUCAUAGGCUGCCUUUCUAUCCUUGAGGCCUCGCAGUCGACUUUCACGGUUCGUUGUAUGAUGUCGAUGUUCGUUCUGGGCGUAAGUGCCUUCUCCGAGUCCUUUUACUUAUCGCUGAGAACCCAAGUGGUGGCUAUGUACACUCUUCUAACGGAAGUUGGGGAUGUUAGCCAUGACCCGUUUUUGGAUCCCGGGGAGUUGACAACCGACGAACUUAUCCUCCCUGACGGCAGUUUCAACAAUGCCUACUACCUGCACUCCUUCUGCAAGAAAUCCGACGAUCUUUUGGAGAACGUUCGCCAGUUUAACAUGUCGAGUUCCACUACGCGCGAGCUUUUGAAACUGUACAUUCGCCGGAGCCUAAUAGCCAUAUAUCGCAAGUACGACUGCGAGCCAAGUUGGACGCACAACGUGCACUUCGCCAACAUGAAGCGUAUAUGCAUGGGACUGCAGGAAUUGGCUGGUGAUUUCGACACUAGGCUGUUCCUAUGCGACGUAGCCGCCGAUUAUGCUAACGCAAUUAGCGCCUGCCAGACCGCCGGCAGCGACAUCGUGUUCAGUUAUCUGCGGCAAUGUCUGAAUUGCAUAAAAGCAGGUUCUACUGCAGGAGAAUUGCGUGUUAACGAGCUGGUACUGUCGGAUCCAUCUGUACAGAAGGAGUUUGUGGCUACUUUGAUGGAUGCACUGCCGCGUUUAAUCAAAGUCGACAUGAAGAGUGCGACGGCGUUGUUGGUAGAUACUCUAUCGGUGUCCAACAUGGCAAGCGUGUUCAAAGAGACUGCUUUGCAUUCGUCGCAGGAUUUGAUCAUUUCCACCCUUGGCGACUUCCCCGAGUUGAAGUUGGCGGUGCUGGAUGCCCUCCUUGGAAUAUCGGCAAAUGACAGCGCAACAAGCACAGAUAAAGACGCGAUCCUGUCCGUCUUACCAGGUUUGGAGAACUACUUCAUCCAGUAUCUGAAGUUGCUAUGCGACCACGAUCCCAGAGGCGUGUGCCCAUUUUUGAAACGCCAACGUCGCCUCGACUUUAGUACUUGCCUGCCAAUCUGCAUGUCGGCCAACAUCCACGAUGCAGUUGCGUACCUCUUUAUGAGAGCGGGAGAUUUUGAAUCGUCUUCCCGAUGGCUACUGGAUGCUUUCCGUGCGUCGGGCGACGACAUAGAGAUGUGCCACCGCCUGAUUGGCGAUGCGUACGAGCUGUGCAACGGAUUUUCUGAGUUCACUUCUCAUGAGAGCCUCGAGAACUUGUGGUUCAGCAUCUUGCGGUGCCUGGUUGACGUCGAGCGUAAAAAUGGUGACGCAAGCACCUUGAUCGAAAGGGUGUUCAACGUCGGUAUAUUGAAGUUCACCCGACUGACACGGGCCUUGGUGGAGCUGGAAGCCUACGAAUCUGUUUCCGUCUCCAUGUUCAAGCACCCGCUGCGCAUGUUGCUCUGCGACGUGGACUUCCAAACGUUCGCCGCCAAGGCGUCGUCAACCAUGGGGACCACCGUUCUGUGCAACGAGUUCCGGCAGAGCCUUGACUGCAACAAGCGUGGAGUGAUUGUCGAGGGCAGCGUUGAGUUACGCCGAAACCAUGAUAUAUGCGGCGUCUGUAGGCGCAAACUGUGGUCAAUUCCGCAACCUGAUGCGGGUGGCGGAGUAGACUCUCCACCCACUGAGGGUGCACCUCGUAACGACACAAGCCCGUCCACCACCGCGGCGAGCAACCUGUCACCACUGGAGAAGCAGUUGGGUAUUAUAUACACGCUGCAGACCUCUUCAAAGAAACAGGCGGCACACGAUACUAAUAAUCGCGCAUCUAGCCUCCACCUGCCAAAUUUGUACCAGGACCAGCUUUCAUCGCUCUUAAGCAUGAAGCCAUCUUCCGGCGGCUUGGGCAGAGCGAAGUGGAUGGCAUCUACAUCGGGAAUAUCGUCGGCAAUACCCCCGGACUUGCGAGCUCAUAUAAGGAGCUACACAUCGCAGAGCAUGGUACAGGUGUACUGUCGUGUUUGUGUUUCAGGACGCUAUGCAGACCGGGUGGUACCUGGUCGGUGCGUUGAUGAAGUAGGUCCUGCUCGAGCUGUUUCUGCCGAGUUCGGUGUCGUAACCGUUGAGACACUCCAGUAUGCUGGACUUUCCAAUAUGCCCGUAUCUGACGUGUUUGUUGGGCACCAGAAUCUCCGCGUACAGGCAUACGUUGCAUUUCUUGGCAUCGUCCUCGACGAUGACGGACUUGCAUUCAAGGUCCAUGGUCCCCCUGGAGGCGCUCUGUUCUGA